AUGGCAACCCUUCCCAUGGGUUCAGGCCUACCGAGUCGCCCAGAUGAAUCGAUAAGAGCAAGAAGAGCCCAUGUGCGUGCUAGAGAAGACGAGGGAAGAAGAGUACGCAGGGAAGGAGAAAACAUCCGCAUUGCAAUCCGGCAACCCCCCCAACAGAUGCAGACUAAACCGACAAGGGAAUCUCAUAUCUCCGCAGGACGUCCGUCUAUCCCGGUGCCCUCCAGCCGACCUCCAUUAACCCACCAGACACAAUCAUGGAGCUCAAACAGCACAAUAUCAGAGAGACCCAGUUACACCCCAACCAUGACGGGUUCGUCGUCGUCUUCCGGACGGCCACACGCAGGUGCCGGCAAGCCAACCCGUAACGUGCUGCGUAGAAAGCAGUCGUCAGUUGCUCCAAAAACGCCCAGCCUGAGCCACGACUCUCAAUCUGAUUCCACUCGUACCAGCUCGUCUUCGUCUGCUCCUCGAUCUCGUUCUUCGUUAGACCCGGCCGCUGUAAUGCAACUCGACCGUGGCAUCACUGAAAGUCCAACAGAGAUUCGCAUUGCUCACGUCGUGGACUUGCCAAAGACCCAAGCACAGCCCAUCACCAUCUACCCCGAACUAGAUCGAUACAGGGAGAUCACUGGCUGGCCAUCCAAAUCGCCAGAAGGCUCCGGUUUCGACUUCCUCCAUAGACUUGCCACGCACGACCUCCCACCUCCGACGCCCGUUUUCUCUGGAACGAGCAGCCAGCUCAGCACGUUCAGUGGAAGCCCUUCCACGAGGUUCUCUGAAUCUCCCGGCCCGGGUCCAUACAGUCGAGACACCACUCCUACGUCUCUUUCGUCGCAGUCACCAGGUUUGGUGGCACCAAUGCGAAUCCCUGCACCCAGGGCGAGGCAACUGAGCCCGGCUGUAACACGGCCACCGGUGACUCGGAGAAGAGCUGGAAGCACAAAUGAGAUGGACGCGUUUAGCGCCGACCCUCAGGGUCUUGCCGCGGUCCGGGAGUCUCUUACCUCGUCAUCGUCAAACUCUACCGUGAGGGAAGUCGAACGGAACGGAUCCAAGAGGAAGAAGAGAUUGUCGCCGUUGCCUCCAAGUCCCCCGCCGCGCAAAUCGUCACAGAAGUUCAAGAAAGACCGCGAAAAUGAGGACUCGUCUCCCAAAGCUAUCAGAGAGCCGGCCAUGCCAGUCAUGGCACCCCAGUCACCGGUGCUGUCUACAGUGCAUCUAAUGCCAAGCGUAUCACCUCGUCAAACUCCGCCGACUCGGCCUAGCAGAGAGAACACCCCGGAUUUACAGUCGCAGCUGUUUGGGCCGUUGCCCAUCAUUCACAGCAAUCUCUCGUCCACAUCUUUGUCUAAUGAUAGACGCGGGCCUGAACCACAACCGCUUUCUAGAUCUGUUACUCCUCUGUCGUACCCCGAUAAACCACAACAAUCACGUUUGCCUGUGGGGAGAGAAGGUAUCACUGCGCCUCGGCCUGCUACUUCGGACACCAAGAAGAAGAAUGAAGGCCGUCCGGCUCGGACUCCAAGCCCCAACACAUCUACGUUUAGCCGCUUUCCUUUCUUUGGUCGUCGUUCCAAGACUGCUCCUGAAGUUCCUCAGGCAGACAAGAAGGAAAAGUCAACUCGCAAAGGCCCGGCCGCUGGCACCGGGCACGAAGGCUAUGGACGUCUUGGAGCAAUUAGGAGGCGCAGCGGCAGCUCGACAACCAAUUUGGCCCGUACGAGCCUAGGACCUGGCUCUUCACAAGACAGUUUAGGUGGCAAUCAGCCGAUUGACACGUUCCUUUUAGAGCGAAUGAACCCAGUCAUCAUAUCCGGCGGCGGGGUCAUCGAGAACCGAAACAACAGCGUUGACCUGCCUAGAUCAGAAAGCAAUCAGAGCCUGGGUUACACCUCGGAGGCUUCAACGACUUCCAGUGUUGGCAGAUUUGGACUGGCUCCGUCGGCUAUCCCUCGGGGCCCUCACCCUUCUCUUAGUCAUCGCCGGCCUUCCGACAGCAGCGACUCCGAGGCUGUUACGAUGAAGUCCACCUUAGCCUUUCGCAGGUCUGUCCAGCGGCUACGAACAUCCCCUGAUCAGAGCCCUCUAAAGUUACCUGAUCCGAUCAACACAAGCGGUGUUACGGCAUCCUCAAUUGACAGUCAUGACACAACUAUUCUCUCGGACGACUCGCAGUUCGAGAAGCAUAGAGAGGUGAUCCGCGGUCGCAUUGCGGCUGCUACUUCCAUGUCUUCAAAGAAACUAACUAAGCGAGCCCGCUCCCCCAGAAAAUGGAAUCUCUUUAGCCGAUCCCAGAGUCAACCUAACAAGAAGAAGGAUGUCGAGGCAGUCCCUGUUGCUGCUACCGUCAAGCCUGUACAACACAAGCCGGCUGCAUUUUACACGAUGAUGGAUGGCUCCGAACAGGAAGACUCGGGGCCACCAAAUGUUGAGGAGAUACUGCGUGAAGCAGAGGUCUUUGAUCUUCCCUCGCCUCCGCUUAUCAAAGAGAGACGGUCCUCUACCAUAAGCCAAGACCAAAGAAGAGAGUCUCUAUCUAGGCUUACACAACCAACCAAGUCGUCACAAGCAAGGAGAAACUCGGCUUCUGCCAGAACAACUUCAAUCCCAGCCAUUCGGUCCAUGAAGACGCAAGCAUCACAGUCAAACGCAGCAAAGUCAGCCGAGCCACGUCCAAGCCGCCUGCCGCAAGUUGGUCGAAUACCGCGGGUAGUUAACUCUCGGCCCGAACAUACUUCGUCGAGGAGCUUCUCCCGCCCGUUUAACAGGAUCAGCUUGAGUCUCCAGCCGCAAGCUGCGAGCUUCAACCCUGAUUUCGUCGCCUCGGGUCCGAGUCCCCCAGAGCUUUCGACACCGGAGUUAUCACGCGGGGAAUCGACUGCAACAAGCGGCGAGACCAAUUCGGAUCCACGUUCCUCUCUUGUGGCAGCCAAGACGCCUGAGAUGAUUCAGAUCGGUCAUGAGUUCCUGACCUUCUCCCCUCGGAAAAAUUCCGAGUGCACAACUAGUACAUCUUCCAGCGGUGGGAUGUACACUCUUGCAGAUGCAUUGGCCUUUAUACCCGACCCAGACGCCCCUCUUGUUGAGGAUGAGAUCUGGGACGAGUACAACGAUCUCAUCGGAGAAGUGCCACCAUCAGCUACAUCCUCCAAGGGUAUUCCAUUUCAUCUUGAAGGUCAUGAUGGGAGACUUUCUAAAAGAUCUCUCAUUCCCCUGGAAUCUCCUACCAUUGUGCCCUCGAAAGCCCUUGAGAAGAAUGCCGAGGAAGCAGGCGGCACCUCAUCGAGCGUUUACAGCGCAGAUAUGACGGAGCGUCUCAAAGCCGCCUUCGCACUGAAGCCAGAGGAAAACUCUGUAACGCUUGUCCCUGUUGCCGAAGUCCCCGCCAGUGCAAUCGACCGUGAGAGCACAGAGCUAGCACGCAAGGCUACUAUUGCAUCACAAAGAAGUAGUAACUCAUCCCGCAGAUCAUGGAUAUCCGACUGCAGCUGCAAAUCAUCCGAAGACGAAUCUCCCCUCUCCCAGGUUAACCUCCGUGUCGGUUCGAUGACGGUCAGCAAAUGGCUUUCCUUCGGCCACGUUCUCUUCAGCCCUGCUCGCGACCAGCUCGUUCCCGUUGUUGGUUCCCUGAAGCGCCACUCCAUUCUCGUCGUAGACGGCCUCGGUAACGAUGACUGGUCAUUCUACGCCGCAGAGACCUACCCUGCCGCCACAUUCUUCAACCUUUCUCCGCGCGCACCGCUACCCGACGAACAUAAGAAUUCCUCAAGCUUCCCUUUGAGUCCGCCGAACCACCAUCAGAUCCAGUACCUGUCCCACAUGGACAAGUUCCCUUUCGGGCCCGAAAGCUUCACCACAGUCGUCUUCCGUUUUCCCGCCGCUGCCCCUGAGGCCCACUACCGCAAUGUUGUCUCUGAAGCCCGCCGUGUCCUGAAACCAGGCGGGUACCUUGAGCUUUCCAUCCUCGAUGUCGACCUCAACAACAUGGGCAAUCGAGGCCGCCGCACCAUCCGUCGCCUCAAAGAGAGAAUUCACGAGCGGAACUCGGAGACUAGCAUCGGUUCAUCCUCGGACCUCAUCCUCCGCCUCCUUGGGAGGAAGGGUUUCUCUGAUGUCAAGACGUGCCGUGUCGGCGUUCCAGUUGCGAGCGUCGUUUCCCGAUCCGAGAGCGGUUCGAAGAACCCGCCGGUCUCUCGCCGGAAACCGAAAGAGGUCCGCAGCCUGGCAGAGAUGAUGAAUGAAGACGGCGACUCUGCAGACGAGAAUAUCACAAAGAUGGUCGCCAAGGUCGGAAGAUGGUGGUACAGCCGCUGCUACGAAAGCGCCGCCGGCAAUGGCCCUAGCCGGAGCAUCUGGGCCGACCGAGCUCUGCUUGCGGAGUGCGAGGAGCUACGGACCAGCUUCAAACUCAUGGUCUGCUACGCAAGAGUGCCCGAGCGGGCCCGUACCGCGAGUAUCUGA